CGUUUUAUUCAAGGGGAAAUGGGCCUCCUCCCAUGAGAGAGCUUCAGCAGACUUGGAAAACUGUUCUGACGAUUGAGAAGUAUAUAUGGAUUCACAGAUGAUGAUUCUCUCACUCUGUCCUUUUAAUUGAUAAUAUAGUUGGAGAUUUGGUUUCUCUCUCCUACUGAAUUGUUUCGAAUUUCGAUUGGCAUGUGGUAUAUUUACUACAAUGUUUUCUCUCUCCACUAUAUAUUCAAACUUUGGUAGGGAGUGGCGCGCGGUGAUUUUGGCAACACCACAAUCUUUCCUGUUUCUUUAUCAGUUGCAGUAAAUCCUAGUUUCUCUGCUAUAGAGCGUGAGCUAUUUUUUGUUGCAGACAUCAAAUCUUCAUCUAAACAUGGCAUCCGAGGAAUUUAUAGAGCUUCAGCCAUGCAGCUCGGCCGAUAUUGAGAGGGACAGUGAUGGUUUACAUGACUCUAGCUUGGAACCAAGUAGUAUUGCUCUAAACUGUAAUCAACAAGAGGACGAUGGGGGUUCCGUAGAUGGUAGUCGGGGGGAUGAAGUUUAUGAUAAGCACAACAUGCAGGAGAGUAUGGAAUUAACUCCACCUCCUAUGGUGUUGGAUGAGAAGAGGUUAGAGUUCAAUUCAGAGGAUGGAAAUGCAGACCCUCUUACCCUGAGCAAUGGAACUUUGAAUAACCAUAAAAUGGAUGAAAGUCCCAUAUCAGGUGUUAAGGGACGCCGCCUCUCAUAUGUGGAGCAGCAACCUUCUGUCCGUGUCCUCUAUAACUGCCUAACAAGGGAUAGCAAAAAGAAGCUGAACGAACUUUUGCAGCAGUGGUCUGAAUGGCAUGCUCGAUAUGUUAUCCAACCCAAGGCUAAUUCAGAGGAGUCCUUGGAAUCUGGGGAUGAAAUAUAUUUCCCUGCAUUGCAUAUUGGACACGAAAAGUCUUUCACAAUGUCAUUUUGGAUGGACAACCAAGCAAGACAGGAUAACAGUAGAGAUUUAAUCUUGAAGGAUGAGGAUUCUGUACCAUUAUAUGAUCGUGGGUAUGCAAUGGGUUUGGCUGCUCUUGAUGGCUUGACAGAUACAGAAAGGCAAAUUGAAACCUCUGAAGAUGCUUCACGGUGCUUUAACUGUGGCUCUUACAGUCAUUCACUGAAGGAAUGCCCUAAACCUCGUGAUAAUGUUGCUGUCAACAAUGCUCGCAAGAAACACAAUUCUAAACGUAUGAAAAGUAGUGGCCCUCGCUGUCCAACACGAUAUUACCAAAACUCUCCUGGCGGAAAGUUUGAGGGCAUCAGAGCUGGCUUCCUAGGGGUUGAAACCAGACAAUGUUUGGGCAUUGGGGAGCUCGAUCCACCUCCCUGGCUUAAUAGGAUGCGUGAGAUUGGGUACCCUCCUGGUUAUCUUGAUUCAGAAGAUCAAGAUGAGCCAUCAGGAAUUACCAUCUACGCCGAUGAAGAGAGUGCGGACCAGGCACCAGAGGAUGGUGAAAUCACUGAAACUGAUCGACUGGACCUACAGGAUGAAAAGAAAAUGACAGUCGAGUUUCCAGGCAUUAAUGCCCCCAUCCCGAAGAAUGCAGACCGGAGGCGUUGGGAAGCAUCAGUUGAGCAUGGCUCGUCAUCUAGGUCACAUCCUAGGUCAGACCACUCAUCUGGAAGCAGUCGAGGUCACCACCCCCAUGACCAAAGGAGGCACACAGACUAUGCAGGAGAUGAUGGUCCGCCAGGGACUGAACAUGUGACCCCCUCGAGUUUCAGUAGGAGCUAUAGCUCUUUGAACCCCAUUUAUAACGAUUCUCAUGGUUUGAGAAGUAACAGUAAUCAGAGACCCAGGAGUCCUAAUUUAUCGGGGUCUUUAUCCGAUAGAGGAAGGAUGAGCCCAUCAAUUCCUGAUGGCUCAUAUCGGGAGCCCAAUCAUAGCCCACAUGGGUCUACGUAUCCUCCUGAUAAUAGCUCAUUCCUAUACUCCUCACCAAAUGUGAGCAGACAUUUGGAUCGGAAUUACAGCCCAUCCGGGGUGGAUCACUUUGGUUGGGAGAGUCGGCAUGUGUCGAAGGAAAAUGCUCCUGAUUCAUCACGUCGAAGAGAAAGGCAUGAUUACCAUAGUCACCACUAUAGGAGGUGAACCUCAUGAAAAUUUGGGACCUCGGUUGCUCGCAGAGCUAGCCUAUUGGUGAGAUAUCUACUUUCUGGUGAUAAUUGGCGGGGGGCUUCUCUUCAUAAUUUGUUUUAUGAAGAAGUUUGGAAAAUGUUCUUAUAAUUCUGAAUUUGAGUUUGCUAGUGCGACAUUUAUGGAUGGGAAGCAAGCAUGCUUUGUAUUUGUAGGUGAGAAUAAUUUCAUCCCCUCUUUUAUGUGAGACUAAACAACAUUUGUCAAGAGUAAAUGUUGUUUAAAUAUCCAUUCCAAGAAAAGUUAUAUCAGCAAA